UUCGCCGGAAAAAACGAGAUCUUUACAGGCUAAUUUAGAAAGGGUCAUGGAGAUGGAGGACAGGGAGAGCACGGAUUCGGGUUCGCUUAGCGGCAACCCGGAAUCCGAGUCGCCGCCGUUGAGCGGCGUCGGGGACUACGCCGACCACGGCGCCGUUGCUUCCGGCGGCGGAGGCGGCUCUGUUCAUGGACUGAUAAACGUGAACAUAAGCGUGGAGCACGCAGCCGCGGCGGCUGCUACGGCUGCAGGCCCUCCCGCGGCGGAGGCUGGUGGUGGGGUUUUCGGCGUCAGCGGAGGGGGCUUAGUGAGUAGUGGCUCCGGCGGCGGCGGCGGCGGCGGCGGCAGCGAUUUGUCGUCGGGGAAGAAGAAGAGGGGGAGGCCAAGAAAGUACGACGCGGAGGGGAACUUGAACCCGGCGUACAUAAAGUCGUCUCCUUUGGCGGCGCCGCCACAGACUGGGUUCACCCUGUCAACGCCGCCGUCGUACGAGAACUCCGGCGGCCCAAAAAGGGGACGCGGCAAGCAUCAUUCUGGGCCGACAAGCUGGCCGGCUAAUGCUAUGGCUUCUUUGGGUGAAGUGCUUGCAAACACAGCAGGAGGGGAUUUCACACCCCAUGUAGUAAUUGUACAUGCUGGAGAGGAUGUUGCUGGGAAGAUACUCACAUUUGCACAGAAGGAUCAUAGAGGAAUUUGUGUUCUAUCUGCUAAUGGAUCUGUCUCGAACGUUACUCUUCGUCAGCCUGGCUCGUCCGGAGGCUUAUUGACUUACGAGGCAUGAUUCUUUUGUUUUUAUAAAAAAGAUAUUGGCUUAUAUUUUAAUUCUUGAAUAAUUUUUGUUAACUCAGAUAAGCUGUUGUUGCAAAAGAGUUUGAGGCUAUUAAGUAGCCCUCUUGAUGUUCAUAUCUGUAGCUAAUUAAGUACCUUUCUCCGAAAAUGCCCCAUUUUUGUAUGAAACAAAUUUGCAUUUUAGCUAUUUCUUUUUUGUUACUAUAUUUAGCUAUUUGUUUUUGUUACUCUGAACAUGAAUGAAUGCAGGGUCGAUUUGAGAUUUUAACGUUAACGGGUUCUUACACGAUUUCUGAUAAUGGCGGGAUGAUAAGCCGUUGUGGAGGAUUAAGUGUGUCAUUAGCUAGCCCAGAUGGCCGCGUGAUUGGUGGUGGUGUUGCAGGUUUACUUAUGGCAGCUAGCCCAAUACAGAUUGUAGUCGGAACAUUUGUCCCCAACGGUUUCAAAACCCCAAAACGGAAGUACCAAACGGAGCCCAAAAGCAUGGUCCCCACAUCUGCUCCAGCUACAGUCACAGCUGCAAGGCCCAUAUCACAGGCCCCACCUGAGGCUGUCACUUACCCGGCCCAACAACAUUCCCAUUUUCUGGUGGGCCCACAAAAUCCGGGCCAAGCGGAGAACAACAACCCCUUCAGCCACAAGGGCCUGCAAAAUUCUGCAUCAACUGAUACAGCCGAGUGGAAUGGGCCUGGGCCGGGCUUUGCUCAUAGGCCUUCUCCUGAUAUCAACAUCUCCAUUCCCAUAGACGAGCAUUGAAGAUGUGAUUUAUAUUAGGACUUUUUUCAGAUGUUUUUAUGGUUUUCGUUAGAUAUAACCGAGUUUGGAAUUUAUGCCCUGUUUUAGCUUAAUUUUAGAUGUUUUUAGGGUUCUUGGUGAUGACUUCCAUGUUUUUUUGUGUGAGAAUUUUAUGGUUAUGUACUCAAAUCACCAGCUUAAAUUGUCUUUCCACUGAAAUUGUAGUGCACUUUUUAGUUCAUUUAUUUUUGCUGUUUGAGUUACACCACUCUUUGCUUUGACACAUUUUACUGAGCAAUAUAUAUAAUCAGUAGGAUAUCA